CACACCUUUUCAUUUCAUUUUGGUGGAAAGGGUUUCAACCGAACCCUAGCCGCCUUCCUUUCUCUCUGUCCAUCACGAUUUUGCCGAAAAUGGCAAAAGGAUCAGACGCGUUUUGCUUUUCUAUAGGAUUUGUGUGUCUAUUUCUGUAAUUUUUCUCUCACCCUCUCAUCCUCACCACCGCAUGUCAACCCAAAACAAGGUAAAACCCUCAUCUCUCUCCUUCUUUUGCUUUUCUGUUCAAACAAGGACGAAACGUUAAUGGUUUUAGUCCAUUUGUUCUCAAUUCCUAUUGACUUUCAAUUCAUCACAAGGAUUCAAGAUGAAUACUUUCAAAACUCGUAGUCCCACAUCAAAUUUCAAUAAGAAAAUUGGAGUUUUGGGGUUCUAUCCCACCCUUCUCAUUUCAAACAAGUCUCAACAGAGCAAAAAACUAAAGUUUUGAGUUUGAACUAGGGAUCCGACUUGAAUUGGAAUCCUCAUUAGUAUUUCUCGAAUUGAUUUGUUUUAAAUAUUUUUUUCUUUUCCUUGUGUGUGGCUGAGGAUUCGAGGAUUAACAAGAAGCUCAAGGAUCUCCAAUUCCAUUUUCUCGACUAGGCUGCACUAAAGAAAGGAAUAGCUACCAUAAGAUUGGAGCUAACCAAAUAUAGCUACCAUUCCAAUAUUACAGCUCGUAGCUAAUAUUAUGGCAAAAAACAUAUUAAUUUUGGUGUAUUUGGAAUUCUUCAAAUACACGGAUAUGUGGCAUGUAACGUGUAUGAUAAAAACAAAUCCCUGGAUAUUAGGCACUAGUCAUGCGUUUUAUGAAAAGGGAACUCAAAAAACAGAGGUUUUGAUGACACAAAAGCAAAUUUGGAGAAAAUAUUUUACAAAUCAAACUCACUGUACAAACUGUUGAAGUACCGCUUUUGGAAUUUACCAAGCAUAUUGAAUUCGGUUGCAGGAAAAAUGUCGUAUAUCUCUUCGUUAAUUAGACACUGUGGUACUUGGAAUAAUGAGAACCGUUAUGUGAAUUUUAAAAUCGAUGUUGUUGUUUUCAAGGAGUAUUCAACAUAUAUGGAUUUGUUACAGACAAUUGCAACACAGUUGAAGUUAGACACGUCCAGAACAGAAAUAUACAUCAAAUACAUGAUGGAGGGUAGUAAUAUGCCGAUGGAAAUACACAAUGAUAUGGGUGUCAGAGUUUACGUGGAUUUGAAGAAAGAGAAUAAACAGUUAGCAAUGUAUCCUUUGUGCAUAACUUGUAAUGAUAAACGCCUUGACAACUGCGUAUCUGAUGAAAGUUGUAUUCAAGGGGAGAUUUUGCAACUUGGAUACACAAGUCAGUUCGAUUCUAUGAAAACAGUCGGGUGUGUAGACUUUGCGUCUUCAAGUUAUAUCAAGGAUGUUGCUAUAUUUGAAAAAGACACCAAUCUAAUUAUCGAAGACAAAAACCAAAAAGAGGUUGUUGUUGAUCAAGUCUACAAGGACAAAAAUACAUUAAAGGUUGUGAUGGCAAAUUAUGCAAUUUCACAUAGGUUUAAUUUUCGUACGGAGAGGUCUAAUGCAAUAAGCUACACACUUGUGUGUGUGUCCGAAGAAUGUAAUUGGAAAUUCAGGGCAUCAAGUGUUGGGAAAUCAGAAAUGUUCUUAGUCAGGGAGUUCCGUGACAAGCAUACAUGUCCGCUAAAGGAUAAAGUGUAUUCGCAACGGCAUGCCACAAGUUGGUUAAUAGGAGGGAUUGUUAAACCCAAAGUAGCCAACCAUAAGAGGAAAUACACACCUAAUGACAUAGCGGAUGAUGUAUUGAAGGACUUUGGCAUGGAUGUGUCUUACAUGGUCGCUUGGCGGGCUAAAGAGAGGGCUAUGAAGGACUUAAUGGGUGAGCCAGCAGAAUCAUACAAUAAGUUACCCAGAUAUCUAUAUAUCAUGGAUAAAACAUAUCCUGGGUCGCAUAUACGAAUGCGCAAGUCCCAUGACAACGAGUUCCUUUAUGUUUUUAUAGCAUUAUAUGCAUUUAUCAAGGGCUUUGAGUGUUGUAGACCCAUUGUGGUAGUAGACGGGAGCCACCUUAAAACAGCAUACAACGGCACAUUCGUUUCAGCAAGCACACUAGACGGUGCAGGCAAUAUACUUCCCUUAGCAUAUGGUGUGAUAGAUUCUGAGAAUGACAAGUCUUGGACGUGGUUCUUUGAGCGGUUCAGAGAAGCCUAUGGAGUUAGAGAGAAUAUGUGUAUCGUAUCCGAUAGGCAUGAAAGCAUAAACAAAGCUGUAUGUCUAACUUAUCCAAAUGUUCCGCAUUACGCGUGCAUAUGGCAUUUUUGGGGUAACGUAUGUAAGAAUUACAAGAAGAGUAAAGAUGUAUUGAGUCCAGUGUUUUAUGCAAUGGCAAAGGCAUACACACAGGAUGAAUUUGAUGAGUUGAUGGCGAAGGUUGUUAAGGCAGAUAUUCGGGUGGCAGAGUAUUUGGAUUUAGCUGGAAGAGAAAAGUGGGCUAGAGUGUAUGCAUCUGUUAACCGAGGGUGGACCAUGACUUCGAACAUAGCAGAGUGUAUCAAUCGUCACCUUGUAGCGGCAAGAGAACUGCCUAUAUUUGAUUUUCUUGAAGAAGUUAGGAAGAUGUAUGGUAGAUGGAAUUACACUAACCGGAGGAACGGUACAUACACGUUCACAACACUCUCUAAGAAGUUUCAGGAGAAGCUAUCAAUAAAUGAGUAUCUAUGUUUACGUAUGACGGUGGAGCCAUCAACCGAAUAUGUGUACACAGUCCAUGAUGGAGGAAGGCGUUUUGUUGUUUGCUUGAAAAACAAAACUUGCAGUUGUCGUAUGUUUCAAAUAGAUGAAAUUCCUUGCCCACAUGCUUGGGCUGUAUUAAAAAAGAAAAAUCUAAAAGCUGAUGAUUAUUGCUCAGAAUUGUUCAAACCGGAGACUGUGGUGAAAACAUAUGAUAUACCUGUGGAUCCUCUCCCUGACGAGCGUGAAUGGAAGAUUCCCACAUACAUCUUGGAGGAUGUAGUUUUGCCACCAAGAUACAAGAGACCGCCCGGUAGGCCGAAGUUGAAGCGUGAUAAGCCGUUAAGGGAAUUGCUUAUUGGUAAAAAAAGACAUGCUUGCAGCACUUGUGGACAGCUGGGACACAAUAGACGUUCAUGUAGUUUUGAGCCUCGGAAGAAGUGAUUUUUUUUAUUUAUUUAUUUAUAGCCAUUUGCAUUUGUUAUUAAAAAUACGUUGUUUUUUUUUUUUUGCGAUAUUCGAAUAAAGGUAGUUAGUUUAAAUAGAUUACUUAGUUCCGAAUAAUAUAACUUACAUGAAAUACACACUGUGAAUGAUGACAUAAGUUCAUAAUCCAACAUAAGAUAUAAAAAUACACAUAUAUCUCGUGUAUUGUUAUAUAUUUAAAUGCAAUAA